AUGGCUGCAGGGAAGGGAAAGCCCGUGCAGUGGAGGUCGCUGAUUGUCGUGGCUCUGGUGCUGCUGCUUCAUCUUCGAUGCGUCGACUCCAGAUUACUCAGCAGCCCUUCCCCGGCGGACUACGGCGGAUAUAACGGCGGAGACGAAGCCGCCUACGUCUCCACGCCGCAGCGUUCGCAUCCAGCAGCCGGAAAUGGGCGGGUCAGGCACGCUUCUCCUGCGCUGGCGAGUCUUCUACAGUUGCUGCGUUCAGGGCCUAGCCGAAAAGGCUCCGGCCACUGA